GGAAACUAGAGAGGAAUCUUCAAUGUCUCAAGAUCUUGUUGAACAAUUCUGGUUUCCAAAUAUUGGCGUUUUUGAUCAUUUUCUCUUCAUUAAAUGGGCCAAAGGUAUCAUCAACGUUUUGGUGGUAGAAUAUCUUACAUCAACCAGUGGGUGAAGUAUUCAUUAUGCUUGGCGAACUUCAUUUUCCUAGCCGUUGGAACAUUGUUUCUUGUGUUCGGUAUGAUCGCAUUUAGUGAGUCGGCAGGUAUACGAUGGAAAUCUAAAACUAUUGCAUUGCACUGGCUUUUCAACUUAACCGUAAUUUGUAUGGUCGUUGGGGUCAUAACGUUAUUUGUUUCACUGGCUGGUUUUGUCGGAUCUUUACGUGAAAACACUUGUCUGCUGAGAUUUUAUUACCUUAUUUUAACGUUGCUUUUUCUGACAGAGGUUGUUUGCUGCGUAUUGUUCUUUGUGUACCGUGAAUCAACUGUCCACAGGCUUGAAGAGUUAAUCAAAACUACUUUUGUUACUCAAUAUAGAGAACUUGGAUUUGAGGAUACAACAAACUUUAUGGACUUUAUUCAAAAAGAGCUUAAUUGUUGCGGACCUAAGUCAUAUCUUGAUUGGACAGCUAAUCAAUACUUUUCAUGUGAUAAGUCUAAUAUAAGCCCUGAAGCUUGUGGAGUUCCAUAUUCUUGUUGCCGUCAAAUGAAUGAUAUCAGUGUUAAUAUUAUUAAUACAUCGUGUGGAUUUGGUGUACAAAAAUCAACAACUGCUGAAGCCAGUCGUUUGGUAUGGACAACUGGAUGUGUUGAUGCGCUUAUCAGUGCAGUAGAAAACAAUAUAGUCUAUUUCGCUUAUGGGUUUGUUAGCGUAGCUGUAUUUCAGCUGAUAGCUAUCCUACUUGCAAAGACACUGCAUACACAAAUCAAUGAUCAACUGCGUUUACUACAUCAAGAAAAUAUUUACUUUUGAGAAUUUUUCUUCCAUCCCUCUAAAGAUAACGUGCAUUAUUAUUAUUAUUAUUAUCACGAUUUGUAAGUAAAAGAAAUUCUUUUUUGGACUAUUUUUGGUGACUACAACUAAUUUUUCAUCAAUCACUGAAACAACAAUUUACUCAUCUUAUGUGGAAUGAAUAAGGACAAUAAUACGAAAAAUCUUUCCUCAUCAAAUCGAUAUCUGUAUAUAUUCAUUCCUGGCCGUUACCACUGUGAUUUUAACUUGCUCAGUUCUAUGCUUGUUUUAUUUUUGUUGUUACAUCCUUCUGAAUUACAUUUUGUUAACUGAAAGAAAAUAAUAAAUAUAAAUCUUAUUCUUUUGAUAUUUUAUGUUUUCUUAAUCUAAAACAUUGUCAAUGAUGAUUGUUUGUAUUAAAUUAUCUUUCAUUUUUAUAUUGAAUUUACUUUAUAUCAUUAUAUUAGUAUUGUUCGGCAUAAUUUCCAUUCAUAAUUUUAAAGGAAUUAGGUCAUCAACAUAUCAUCCAAGAUACUUAAAAUAUAGAAAAUCUAUAAUUUAAGACUAUUAUUUAUUAGCAGCAUAUCUUUUCAUUGUAUUCUGCUUACAAAAAAAGUUCAUUUGUUUUAAUCACUAAGCAAUGAAUCAGCAUGUUAACGUGAUUGUUCAAUUCAGUCUCAAAUAUAUCAAUACAUUCAUUAAAAUGAAUACCUGUUUAACAAAUGGUAUUCCUCCUAAUCUAUUAGCUUGAUAGAUGAAAAUUUAAUGUUCAUAAGGAUGGUUACUAGCUUCAUGUUCCAGUGAGAACAAUACAGAUACAGAUAAAUCCAGCCAACAACUUACUUCACGAUUACAUACGCAUAUUGUUGUUUUAACUACUUUAGAACGUUUCUUCUGAAAACUGAAAUUUUAAUUUGAUGUCAGUUAAAGUAACCAUGUAAAUUAGUCAUUUUCUUUUAAAGAAUUUUUUCCUAAGUUAUCCACAUAAAAUUAUUCUAAGUAGUUGUCAAUAUUCUACUUCGUUAUGCAGAGUACGAGUAAACACCUUAAUUAGUUCAAUUGCCCGAAACAUCGACCGCAAUAGUAGGUAAUACAACUUGAUGAAUAAUCUCUUCAUGACCUUAAGAACCGUUAUUCAGGAAUACAGAAAACAACUUUGUUUUUUGAUACAGUAUGAAUAAUCUAAAAAAUAAUUAAAGUUUGUAAACUGUAACAUUUUAUAGUGUUUGAAAUAACUAGUUUUCGCAUGUAAGUCUCAACAGUAUUUUGUAAAAUAUUCACAUCAUGAAAACAAGAACCGUAUUUAAAGAACUGUAUUCACACUGUCCAGCACCUAGGCAGUCAUACAAGCAAUGAAAUAUGAGUUUGUGGAUAAAAUUUAACACAUCAUUUUGACAUGCUCAAGGAAACUCUUGAACAUUUCAGUCACUUUCGUUAAAGUGGCUGUCAAUAAAAUAAUUACUCAAUUAAUUUCUGUAUCUGUGUCUUGUCUCGUUCCCAUUACUUACGCAAUCUAUAUUGUAACAUAAAAAAACUUGACUUUUCAAGGUAAUCGAAUACUGUUAUCAAUC